CGACAUUUUUACUCAUUGCAGAUAUUUGAGAUCCAAUUCUAUGCCUCCUAAUCCUAGGAAAGACGAGCCAUUUUUUGAGAUCCACGUAGAGUUCUUCACUCCAGACUUUUUUCAAGGAGAGGUCUUCGCUGGGCAUGGCACAAAUAAAGCUCGCCAUCUUCUGUUUUUCACACAAGUAAUGAAGAGACAGUUGGAGGACUGCAAGACGUGGUUCCUAGAUGCGACAUUCCACUUCAUCAGGGAUCCCAUAAAACAGUUACUCUCCAUCAACGGAAUAAUAAAGAACGAGAAAGGAGAUUUAAAGCAAGUGCCGCUUCUUUUCUGUUGCAUGUCUCGAAGAAGAGCUAUUGACUAUAUAGCGGUGUUCCAAAAACUAAAGGAAAUCAUGCCCCUUCCCAGAGUUGAACGGAUUGUGACAGAUUUUGAACGCGCAGUUUUUGUCGCAGUCCGAAAACUGUUUCCUUCUUGCUUCCACUUGGGAUGUAAUUUCCAUUGGUGCCAGGCAAUAAUGAAGAAAAUCCGCGAUUUUAACCUGUCGACCAAGUACAACAAAAAAGGAUCCAAUCCUGUUCGCGACUUCGUUUUUCGUCUGCUUUGCCUCGCCUAUCUUCCAGCCGAUAAAAUACCUUCGGUGUUUGACUCCUUACGAACAUCGGUGCCACCAAUACUGGAGACAUUAAUGGACUAUAUGGAGCGAAACUGGAUUCGAGGCCGUUUUUGGACUCCUGUUCAUUGGUCCUGUUUCAAUCUCCUUCUGAGAACAAAUAACGAUUGUGAAGGGCUUCACAAUUACUGGAACAAGUUGGCGGGUGGCCCAAAUCUCCCGUUUUACAAGAUGACGUUAGUGCUGGAGCAGCUGUGUCAAGCCGUAAAGCUGUCACAGAAGCUUCUCUCUCACGAGAAGAUCAAGGCCCAUAAGAAGAAGGAGACACAGUUAAAGAACUCCAUCCUUUUUGCUUUGUGGACACGGUACCAGGAUAAUGAGUUAUCAACCGUGGAACUACUGGAGGAAAUAGUAUUAGAACUGAAAACCUCAUUCCCAACUGUAGUCACUGACCAUCCUUUGAACCUUAACGACGAAAACAUAGAUAAUUACGACAUGUCCUUCGAGAGCGAUGACGAAUUGUGAACCAAUUGUUUAAA